AUGGCUGUGCGGCAUAUAAGGUUGCAGUACCAAUGCGGCAUCUGCGGUGGAUUGUUCUCCGCUGGUGAGAAGUGUGUGGGAAGUGAGUCUCAGAAACCCUGGCGCUACCAUUCAGGAUUGGAAGCCUCGACGAACACCGCGAACGAGGCAUGCCAGGGCCGUGAUCUAACUCGACUUCACGUGUAUCAAUCAUUAGUGCUCGGGAACUCCCAUGCAACUGAGGCGAGCCUCGUUACCGACGCAUUUCCGUUCACCGCCUAUGGAACGGGGACUCUGUCGGACUUGGUCAACGGCUGGCUGCCGUGCUGGAUGCCGGAUUGCAAGCACUGCGCGCCCAGCCCCGAAUCCGUCACCAUCCAUCACGACUGCUUCAAAGUCUUCCUCGGACAGUGCAUCAAGGCACCGGCAGGUAAGACGGCCGGGCUGCUGGACAGCCUCUGGCGGUUCACGGCUUGGCGCGUCCCCUGGAAGGGAGCGCCCGCUCUCUUCCUGGAGGAAGAUGACCUGCCCAUGCUGAGCAAGGACACCCUCGAGGCCGUCUCGUCCAGAUACGGGACGGCAGAGCUGUCCAGGCUACCGCCGGAACUAGUCAGGAUCGUCAAGAGAUACUCGGAAGAUGCGGUAUUCUGGCGCAUCGUCGCAGCGGCUGACCUCGCCCGCAGAUUCGUCGGCUCGUCACCCAUCACUGCGGCGACCACCAUGCCGCUGUCUGACAUCGCCUCGUGGGAUCGAGGUCAGGGUCCAGUCGUCCUGGGAGAAGCCGGGCCUUGGACGCCGUCGGCAAUCAUCCGCCUGGCUAUCGACUCGCACGGCCUCAGAUCUGUCGAACGCUUCUCGGAGGAUUCGCUGCCGACGUUCAACCCCAAGAGGAUCAGCAAUGUGGUGUUCGUAGUCGAGCCCGUGUCCUGCUUCAAGGAUGUCUUGGCCAUAUUUCAGGACAUGUUCGUUUCUGUAGGAUCGCUGUACAACGAAAGCUGUCUGUGCACCAUAGACCUGGACAAGGUCACCGGGCUGACCUUUGUCAUGCGCAUGGGUCGCCUCAUUCAUAUUCACGGUCACACACGAAAGUCGCCGCUGACGGUGCUGCCGCCAUCGUCUACUUCGCGCAUACUGACCUUUGACGGUUACUGCUGGAUCUACGUACCGUUGGCGGACCACGAUGUUAUCAAGGCGAUGAGGGUCGAGCAGGCAGCUCCCGGGGCCUUUCAGAUAUCGCUGAAAACCAAGUUAGUCGGCACUGUGACUGUGGGAACCUGUCUGGCCGACUCCAUCACCACGAGCCACACCAUACUGCGACCUCGGCUGCUGGUGUAUAACCGGCGGGAAGCAAGGGGAUCGUCCCUCGUCGGAGCCUACUCGCCGAUAAAACAGCCGGACCGUGAGCUGUCGGAGUCUGUUCCGGAUAUGAGACCGACGCUCGAGGACUCCUGGCCCGUACCGUUUUCCGGGUCGGAACGGUACUUCUCAUUCGCAAAACUGGACGCCGUCCGCAGUGCGACGGUCUUCUCCGAAGACGGCAACUGCACCGGUAUCCUCUUCCGAUAUGAAAACGGUGGAAGGCGAGCUGUUGGUCAGUGUCCGAUGGGUCACGGCGAGAAGAAGGAAUAUCUCGACCCUUUGUUUGUCUGCAUCAAGAAGUACACAUGUAGCCAAGGUUACCGGAAGACUGUGUAUCACUCCAGGGUUGCCUUCUUCGGACCCGAGGGUCGUCACAAGGAUUCUGAAGAUGGCGACACGCCUUGCUGCCAUGGGUUGAGCGGCGCAUUGUUGAAGUUUUGGUUUUCACAUAAAUCUACAUACUUGCAACUAAUGAAGCGGGGGAUAGAUGUAACAUAA